AUGUGGAAGAAUAUGCUUCUGCUGUCCUCUGUGUUGAAAACAUUACCAUCAACACCCGAGUCAGGAUCCCCCCAAAUCGGAAUCCCGGUCCAGGUUCUUCUGAAGGAGCACAACACUGCCUUCAAGUCAAGAUACAGAGACAAUGGCGAGGACUCCCAUCGUAUCUCUCCCAGUCCUGUGGUGCAUGUCAGGGGUCUGUGUGAGGCUGUGGUGGAAGCAGACCUGAUAGAUGCCCUGGAAAAGUUUGGACCCAUAUGUUAUGUGAUGAUGAUGCCAUUCAAGCGUCAGGCCUUGGUGGAAUUCUCUGCAGUUGAGAGUGCUGACCGCUGUGUGUCCUGUGGAGCCAAGGAGCCAGUAUACAUAGCAGGCCAACAGGCUUACUUUAAUUAUUCCACAUCCAAAAGAAUCACCAGGCCAACAAAUGCCGACAACCCCAACAGUGGUAACAAAGUCCUCCUGCUGUCCAUACAGAAUCCCCUCUACCCUAUAACAACGGAUGUUCUGUACACCGUGUGUAACCCCAUUGGCAGUGUGCUACGGAUCGUCAUCUUUAAACGAAAUGGAAUCCAGGCCAUGGUGGAGUUUGAGUCAGUUCAGUGUGCUCAGAAGGCCAAAGCAGCUCUGAACGGAGCCGACAUCUAUGCUGGUUGCUGUACACUAAAGAUUGAAUAUGCAAGGCCAACACGUCUGAAUGUUAUUAAGAACGACAACGAGAGCUGGGACUACACAAAACCAUACCUGGUCAGACGAGACCGUGGAAAGGGACGACAGAGACAGGCCAUUUUAGGUGAACACCCAUCAUCCUACAGUGAUAACAGCUAUGGUCCACCAUGCCCCCUGCUGCCACUUCCUGGCAACAGCAGGUACAAGCUCACCUCAGUGGAUGUUCCAGACAUGGUGUCUUACCCGCUACCCCAGUCGUCCUCCUCAUACUCUGGCCACGCCCCUAGUUCUGUUGCCAUGGUUAGUGGCCUGCAUCCAUCCAAGAGGAACAACCGCUUCAGCAGUGCUGGACAGGCCUCCAAAAACAUCAUCCAGCCUCCAUCUGCAGUGUUGCACUACUACAACGUUCCUCCGUGCAUAUCACAGGAUCAUUUACUGAGGCUGUGCACGGAGCAUGAUUUGCCCGGCUUUGUCAAAUUCAAGAUGUUUGAUGCCAAACCCUCUUCUAAGACAAUCUCUGGCUUGUUGGAGUUUGACAGUAAGACAGAAGCUGUGGAGGUUCUUACUGUGCUCAACCACUACCAGAUCAGGAUCCCCAACGGGUCCAACCCAUACACUCUCAAACUGUGUUUUUCCACCUCAUCACAUCUGUAACGAGCUGCAGAGCACACAGAGAGCUGCCGGACCUGCCGAUAGCUGACCUCUGACCUGGGGGAGGGAGCGUGAAAGGCAGACACACAGAGCAGUGCAGGAAAGAGUGGAAACUGUCUCACUGCCCACUUUGAGUUUGAUGGCCUUCAGAGGACAGAAAGGACGUGUGAUAAAAGUGUCGAGGAGAGAAAAACUCUGUCACUGUCUCCAGACUAAACAUCAAUGCACAGCCAUCAUCCCAGCAUCCAGUCACAACUGUCCCAGCUGACUGACUGCAUACUCAUGGAGUCAGCCUUCCAUCCUUGAAUCUGUGAACUCGCUCACACUGAAACCUCUGAAGACACCUGAAAUAAGAGUUUCUGUUUAAAUAGAUGACAUAUGUUUCUUGGAAUGAAUAAAUUAAAGUAGAAAUAACUUGCUCUCAUUUAAGGUUUCUUUGUGUGCGUGCAGCAGCCUCACGCUGCUGCUCAGCCUCUGACCAGCUCGUGUGUUUCCUGUAACAACACAGCACCAUCCACAGGUUCACACAUGUAAUCUGGAGAACUACAAGCCAGCUCUGAGCUUCGUAGUUCAUUCAUAAAAUCAAGAGAACUGAUCAUGUAGAUUAUGUGUACUGACUUGUACACAGUAAACUUUCUAAUGGUGACAUGAUCGUAUGUGCUGAGUAAAUUGCUCACGGAGGUAAAUACACCCCCAGCUCUAAGCAGCCAGUCACAAACCUGCUGAGUGACUCUGGAUUGUUGUGGGGUGUUCAGCUCACAGUAGAGCACCUCGAGGCGACUGUUUGCUGAGAGCUGGUGCUGUAUAAAUCAAACUGAAUAUUAACAAUCAGGUGGAUUUGAUGUGUGUGAGUUUCUCUCCAGCUGGUCCCUCAGUACAAAUACUACAAACUGUUUUAAUGAGGGUUUAAAGUAUCAGUGUGUUGUUUAAAGUUACAGGUUUUUUCAGUGAGUCUGUGUAUUAUAGCCACACAUUUUUUCUCUUAUAUGAGUGUUUGAGUUAUUGUACACAGAGGAGUUUUAUUAGGAUCAGCUGCUUCCUGUCGUGUUUGUUGUAUAAAUGGAAAUGAACUGCGUGCUUUUUCCAGCUUUGGUCACUUCAGAAUCAACAUGUAUGUUAAUGUCAGAGUUGCUGGGCUCUCCUUUAUUAGCACUCUAUUGUUAUGGUGAAAUAUAUGUGACCUGAAACCAGUAGAAACUCCAACCAGCCAGCAGAGUCUGAGCUCGAGUUCAGCUCGUUUUUCUGAUCCACGACUUUUCUUCAUGAGCUGAAACCAGAUCAGCCGAGUGUGAGAGGAGCGCUCUCUCUGCAUGUAACCAUAGUCACUGCUCCUUAGACCAUUGAACUGGGAAUACUGGGCCCACUGCAUCAACCUGCCAGUACUCAAGUGUGAUCCUUAAAGAGUAGCCCUGCUCCUAAUUAUUAACGCAACAUGUUUUCACUCUGUGUGUGUGUGUGUGUGUGUGUGCAUACAGGGUUUACAGGUUAAUGUAUAAUACUGUAAGAAGAACGUUCAUUUUCAUGUGCUGCGGCCUGGCGUUGCCUCCAGCUGACAGCAUGGAGAUAAUAGUAAUAAAAUAAUGAUAUCCUGUGACGUGUUCACACCUCCAACACGCCCUUUACUCCUUCUCGCCCUGUGAUGUGUUCGUGUGUGGAUGAAGUUGUUUGCAGUGCUACAGAAGAGCAGCCAGCAUAAACACACUGUUUCAUUUCAAACACAGAUCUCAGCAGACAAAGUUUUUUCUGUGCAGUUUCUGAGUUUGUGUGUCGGUAGCUGAAUGUACACUUGCUGUAUUUCCCAGUGAGGUGUGUGACCCUCAGCAAGUGAGAUAUAAUAAUCCUAAUAGAUGUUAGAGGGUUUGGGGAUAUUGGAUGGAUACAUGAUGUGUUGCUGAAUUAUGUUUUUGUGAAAUGUCUUGCAAAAAAAACUGAAGUAUAAUAAUUUUGUGUUAUUCAAAGUUUGCAUGAAAAACUGGACAGUUAAGUCCAGGCUAAAGGUUGUGGUGGUGCACUGUGUGGGAGCGGUGCAGAGCAGGCUGUGAUGUGCGUGGUCGGUGUUGGGUUACAUCAAGGGUGGCAGACAUGUAUGUAUUUAAGGUGAUGAUGCAGAUUAAAUUUGACCUUUACCCUGCAGGAAGCAGCUGCUUCUAUCCUGCUGAAUUCAGUUGGCUAAAUGCACAAAGAGCAGUAAAUCUGUGAGUGGCAGCUGAUCACAACCUGGACAAAGUAAAAUCUACUGAAGCUCACAAUACAAAUUAUUAGGACUUAUUUCAGUGUGAUUCUUUCACACCAUCAGUGUUACACCCCAUCUUAGGGUCCCCCCCACCUGCCAAUCCCCCUUUAACCCCUGUGUGACUGCAGAGCCGUUCCAAAUUUACUGCAGCUCUCUGCAGUAGUUUCCUGCAGUAUUAGUGGGACAUGCUACUUGACAUGUAGCUUGUUGGAGUAGUACAUUUCGCAUAAUACAUAGUAAAUAUUUUUCUGGGAUACUAAAUAUUAGUAUGGGUAUGGGAGCAGAACCACUUUGUUUGUGUCUAAUGCCUGCAGCAUGUGUCCUGUUCCUGGGCUGCAGCUGGUUCCAGUUUACUGUGUAAGAUGCAGGCAGACGCCGAUUUUGGAAAAAGCAGCAGCAGACAGUACAGAUGGAUACAGAUAGACUGACAAACCUGAUGUUUCUGCAGAGAGACGAGCUGUUUGGUCACAAACCUGUUCUCAGUGAUCGCCUUCAUCCUGUGAGGAAACAUUUCUGUCCUGAUGGAAGGUUUCAGGAUGACAGGGACUCGACCUCAGCCCACCUCAACGCCUGAGGGGAUCUCAGAGCCGUGUGUUACAGUGUGUUACAGUGUGUUACAGUGCUCUCCAUCAAAAGGCCAAAUGAAGGAAUUUGUUUUGGAGGAAUGCUCCUCGUCCCUUAUGUUGGAUUUUAGAGACGGAGAAUUAAUAUCAAGGAGAGUUCGAUCUUUUUGGUUGGCAGCGGGUGUCCCAAACUCUAAUUCCCAAUUCCAUCUGCAUCAUAGCCUAGCAUAUAGCCUAGCUACUUGCGCUGCACAAUAGUAACUGAGGACUGAAUUCAUGGAAUAACUCAUUGGAAAGCAUUCAUUUCAGAUCUGUAGGUGAAAUAAGAUUGUUUUUGCAUGACGUACAUGAAUCCAUUAGUUAUGGAGGGACAGCUGUCACUACAGCACAGUGACAAACAGCCUGGUGUCUCCAUGCAGAGGUUACUGCUCCAGGCCUUUUGUUUAGGACAGCAGACUCUACCUGUGAACUGCAGCAUGUUUAUUGUACAUGAUAUGUAAAACAAGGACAAAUGGUUUUGACAGAUGAGUUAUUGCUUAUGUGUUGCUGUGCUUGUGUUUUAAAUGGACACUGAGAGGUUUGUACAUAACUUGCUGUGUUUCUAAUGAGGUUUUAUUUAUGUUUUUAUAAAGUUCAUCUUACUAAAUGAGGACCUUUAUUAUGAUCGAGUUCGUAACCCUCUGAGGACUGGAAAAGCACUCAUUUUAUAUUUUUGUUACUAAACAUGGCUACAUAGGUUAUUUGUGUUCAAAUGCUAUAAAUUCAGAUUAUUCCGUUUGUGCUGUUAUAUACUUACGUAUAUCUUAUAGUUCUACAUUUGUACUUUUUUUAAAUACUGCUAAAGAUAAGGGCAGCAGUGAAAUGAAAACAGAGGGUUCACUGCAGACGUGAUGUUUGAGACGGUCCACAGGUAUGAGUUAUUUAUGAUUUUAAAGGUUUAAAGCUUCGAUAUUGUUAACAGUUUGUUGUCAUUAAAAAUACAUAUGUUGCUUUAGAGAUUCUGUGGUGAUAAAUUAUAUGUACAUGUAUAAACUGAAUAAAUGCUGUUUGGGGCUAA